GCUUCGUUCACGGAUUCCCGUCUCGAAGCAGGUCAAACAUGAGAGAGAAGUGGCGUAAGAAGCGUAUGCGUCGUCUGAAGCGCAAGAGGAGAGCCGCAAAGAAGUAGACAAGCUGCUUCAUCUCCAAGACGUUCAAUUUUGCUGUCAAUCUGCGAUCUCGGCUUCACCGUCUCUUCAACGAUCGUCAUCGGGAUUGCUCGUCUCCUUGUUACCUACUCCAUCUGUUACAAUGAACGUUCGUUCAAAUUUUUGUUUUCAAAAAUUUAAUAAAUGCUCAUUA